AUGUCCCAGCCGCGAGCGUUGUAUGAAGACAACGACAUGGCCAUUUCGUACACCAAUAGGGUACCGGCUGGUCACCCUCCUACACUACCAUCAUUUCGCGAGCUUCUUCCGCCUCAUCUCCAUGAUGAGAUCGAUUCCUCAGUGGCACUCUAUAACAACCGUCCGCAAUCGCAAGAUCGCCCAGCAUCUGUCCACGAAGCAGCCAUCGACCCAAGGUCUAUGCCCAACUUUUCACCCACCACCUCUCUUAAAAAACGCUACGGCGAACAUACUCUUCAAUAUACGACUCGCUCAGACGAACGGUUACCGCGACCUGUUUCCGAUCAUUAUCCGUUGAGGUUUAGCGACCAUGCACCGCGUGGUCCCAGUCCUAUACUUCCCCCGCUUCGCGACUUUCAAUCAAUGAAUGACCGGAAAGGCCUUCCGGAGGAGAGUCCGACAGUCUCGCGAUCGGAGCCAUUUGCACAAGACUUUCGAGCCGCUCAAUCUGUGUCUCUGCCAGGGCCAGUGGGUGAUCGACGACACCCGGACCCUUACACCGACACUCUCUUGAAUAAUCAGCCACCUUUCCCUCCUUCAGCCGCAUUAUACCCUGGAGACUCAGACCAAAUGUCACCAAAUAUGCUGGCACACUCUCAGCAAGCCAACUUUGGGAUCAUGGGUGACUCAAUUGACCCGAAGACGAAGCGGCGGAGGGGGAACCUUCCUAAGCCUGUUACUGAUAUAUUGCGCGCUUGGUUUCAUGAGCAUCUGGAUCAUCCAUACCCCAGUGAAGAAGACAAGCAGAUGUUUAUGACCCGAACUGGGCUCUCAAUCAGUCAGAUUAGCAAUUGGUUUAUUAAUGCCCGGCGGCGGCAACUCCCUGCUUUGAGAAACCAAAUGCGUACAGGGGGAGGUGAAGCUGAAUCCUCACGGCAUUCACCGUUCAGUGAUGUUGAGCAGGAACCGUUGCCCUCUCCUCGUUAG